AUGACCUUACCUCAAGGAUAUACACCGACUUCUGGCGUUCUACCACCAAAUUCGGUUUGUAAGCUUCACAAGUCGCUUUAUGGCCUGAAGCAAGCCUCGCGGCAAUGGUAUAAAUGCUUAUCUCAGGCGCUUCUUGAUGAGGGUUUUGACCAAUAUCCUGCUGACAAUACACUGUUUGUUGAAGAAACUAACACAUCAUAUACAACAGUGUUGGUUUAUGUGGAUGAUAUACUAAUUGUCAGUAACAAUGAUGGAGCUGUUGCGAGCAUCAAGGCUGCUCUUGCUAAGAAAUUCAAGACUAAGGAUCUAGGUCCGGCUCGAUUCUUCUUAGGAUUGGAUAUUGCUCGUAAUGCAGAUGGAAUCUCUGUUUGUCAGAGGAAGUAUUGUUUGGAUCUGCUAGUUGAUUCUGGUCUGCUUGGUUGUAAACCAAAGUCCACCCCAAUGGACUACAAGAAAACACUCAAUAAGGAUUCAGGUAUUUUACUCUCUGAUGGUAUACCUUACAGGGAGAUUAUUGGUCGAUUGCUGUAUUUGUGCAUUACACGACCAUAUAUCACCUUUGCUGUGAAUCGUUUGAGUCAGUAUUUGUCUUGUCCAACUGAUCUGCACUAUAAAGCGGCUCUGCGCAUUCUGAAGUAUCUGAAGAACAAUCCGGGACAAGGCUUGUUUUACUCUGCUCAUAUAGACAUCUGUCUGAAUGGCUUUUCUGAUGUUGAUUGGGGGACGUGCCUGGAGAGCCGACGUUCUAUAACUGGUAUGCACGUCUUUCUUGGAACUUCACUGAUAUCCUGGAAAUCUAAGAAGCAAGAUGUUGUGAGUAGUAGUAGCACAUAA